AAAUUACAGUCACUCGGCAUGAGCUUCUAUUGUUUUCCCACAUAAAGUUGAAGGCGAGGUGUUCAGGCAAGCGAAAUCAACCUGGAAACUAACAAUCGCAAAACACAGUUCUCCUAAAGCUUGAUGGUCUACAAGCGGUUACUUGUAGCAUGAGCUGUCUUUAGAAUCAAUGCCUGGUAAAUAGCCUCCAAGUCGAGGACCUCGAAGGAGCAUGGAUGACGACAUCCUGGGUUUGGAGGAUGUCACAGCAUCGGAGGCGUUUAAAAUUAUCUAUGAGCUCUCAAAAGCCUCUAAAAUUGACGCGGACCGUAGCGAUGCAGCGAAGGCGCAAUUCACUUUGCUCCACUCCACGCUCCUUCAAGCGCUGCAGGCGGAGCGAGACCUUCUUGACCAAGCCAAGGCCCUAAAGCGGCAAAAGGAGGAACAAGAGGCGGCCAUCACGGGGGCGGGCGGCGUGCCAGGCGCUGACGACAUUGACCAGCUGCGUGAGGAUGUGGAGGCGGCACUGGGGGAGGCGGCGUUGGCGCAGGAGCGGCAGCAGCUGCUGCAACUGGAGGUGACAGAUUUGCAGCGGCAGCGCAAUGAUCUGGGGGCGCGCAUGGAGGAGCUGGCUGCGGAGCACGCGGCGGCGCUGCAGCCCGUCAUUGCGCAGGCGCGAGGCGAGGCGGCGGCGCUGGUGGACGAGCUAGAUGAGGAGCGGCGGCGGGUGGAGGCGGCGCACGGCGAGCUGGAGGACAUGAAGUCCAAGCUGGCGGCUGUGCAGGAGGAGAUUGAGGCGAUGGGUGAGACCAAGGCGGUGGAGCGAGCCAACCUGGUCAAAGUAGACCCACUGCCUGACAAGGCGCGGAGGCAGUCGGAGGCGGUGGCGGCCAUUCUCAAGAGCGUCCAGGGCCAGCUGGAAAGUAUGAACGCGCGCUACGGCGAGCACGACACUCAGUACAAGACGGCGGCGGAGCGGGAGCAGCAGCUGACGGAGGAGCACACCAAGAUGCUCACAGCGCUGGAGCGGGGGCGGGUGCAGGUUGAGUCCAAGGCGCGGCAUGCGGACGACGUCCGCAAGGACGUGGAGCUGGCGUCCAUUGAGGCCGACAAGAUCCUGGCGGACCAGGUGGAGCUGGACCUGCGGGUCAAGAACCUGGCACUGGAGCUCAAGGCGGAGAGCGACCACCUGAACCGGCGGCAGCGCGAGAAGGAGCUGAUGCUGCGGCAGUACCGCGUGGCGGACCAGCAGCUCAAGGACGCGCGUGACAUGCUGCCCAACCUCAAGUUCCAGGUGGAGCAGAUGCACCGCGACGUCAACACGCUGGAGGCGCGGCGGCGGGCGCAGUCGCGUGAGCUGUCAGACGUGAAGCGCGAGCUGGACAUCCAGAUGGCGGCGUUCCUGCACGAGGAGGCGGACGGCAAGGAAAAGGUGGCUCUGUUCCAGCUUACCUACAAAGAAGUGGCGGCGCUGGAGGCGGAGCUGGCGGCCCUCAAGCGUGAGGAGGCGGAGCGCGACACCAUACUGCGAGACCUAGGCAGCCAGAGGGACAGGGUGGCGCUGGCCAUUGCUCAGAAGCUGAGCAAGGUGAAGGACGUGCAGAUGACCAGCCGCAUCAAGGAGGUGGAGCUGGCGGAGCUCAAGAAAAUCCGCAAGGAGGUGGGCCGCCGCAUCCGCGACUUUGAGAAGCUGUACGACCUGGUCAAGAACCAGCGCAACAAGUUCGUCAAUCUCAUCCAGGCCGCCAGCCAGAGCACCACGGAGAUGAAGGACAAACUCAAGGUGCUUCAGAACGAGCUGGACAUCCUGCAGAACGAGGUGGGCAUCAAGGACAAGCUGCUGCAGCAGCAGCACACACAGCACGCUGCCAACAUCGCGGAGCGAGACCAGCUGCGGGUGGAGCUGGGCAGGCUUGGCAUGGUGUUCCGCGACAAGCAGGCGGUGGUGGACGAGCAGAUCGCCGAGGUGGACAAGCUCAACGCCAUCAUCAACGGCUGCGAGAAGGAGAUGUUGCGCCUCAAGAAGCAGUACGAGCUGGUCAUCGAGGCGCGCAACUACACCGGCAUCAUGCUGAUUGACCGCAACGAUGAGCUGUGUGUGCUGUACGAGAAGGCCAACAUCCUGGACGAGGUCAUCAAGAGCGGCCAGCUGGAGCUCAUGCGGCGAGAGGACGAGGCGCGGCUGCUGCGGCUGGAGGUGGGCGAGCUUGAGCGCUCCAUCGGUGUGACUCGGCGCCUGGUGCCCAGUGUGCCGCUGCUGGACAACGACGUUGCGGCUCUGCAGAAGGCGUUGUUCGAGGCGCGGCGCGAGGCGGAGGCGCUCAGCCUGGCGCUAGAGAACCCCUCCAACCAGGGCCGCUGGCGGCUGCUGGAGGGCAAGAUCCCGGACCGCGAGGAGCUCAGCGCCAAGAUCCAGGCUCUGGAGGAGCGGCUGAACGACAAGAAGGAGCAGCUGCUGGAGAAGGAGCUCAUCCUGGAGGAGAUCACCAGCCUGUCAGACAAGCUGCGCGUGCAGGCGGCGGAGGGCCGCGCCGACACGCUGGAACUGGCGCAGCGCGUGAACGAGUACCAGUCCAAGCUGAGGGCCGUGACGCGCAAGAUCAUGGCCACCGUGUCCGAGCUGUCCAUGUACCAGGCGAGUGCGCUGAAGCUGGGUGCGGAGAAGGAGGAGUUGGAGGGGGCGGUGUCGCUGGCGUCACAGCGGCUGGAGGCUGGGGAGCCGCCCACAGACGACGCGGAGCGCGAGUGGUACAGGCUGGAGCGCGAGCGGCACACAGUGGAUGCGAUGGCGGAGGAGCGUCGCGCGGUGGCGGCGGCGCUGGAUGCGCGUGUGGCGGAGGUACAGUCCACCGCCGAGCCGCGCCCCAAUGCCUACAUCCCUGAGCAGCUGGGCAUCCCCAAGCCCUACGGCUCCUUCGCUCCCUUCAAGCCGCAGGAGGCGGGCUCCACCAUGCGCCACAUCCGCAAGCCCUCGCCAAAGGAAGUGGUCAUAUAAAGAACCGCAUCUGGUUUACAGCAUGUAGCCGCUUCGAGGGAAAAGUGUAAGAGUGCGAUGUUUUGCGGUGAACCUGUGUUACGUUAACAGCCCUGAACUCGGCCGCGUGCCCCCAGUUGCCGUAACAUGCCAGGAAGAGGUUGCGAGUUGGGGAGCACGGAGGUAGCGCGGUGUUUGACUCUGUACGCGCGCGGGUGCACAGUCUUAGGCUUCACUUAACAUGGGACAUGAGCGCAAGUCUUUGGAUGGCAUUGUGGCGACGUGCCCACGUCGUGCAAUGCGAGCAAUUCGGGCACUCGUGUACUGCGGGCAUGGACAGAGGUGCAGCUCCAGGCACGGAUACGGCAGCUUGCGCUUUAUUUGGUGCGUGUCCUGGUGCAUACUUUUGCGUGUGUUGAGGGCACUGGGACGUGCCCGCAAGUACAAGUAUGCACGACAUCGCGCUCGGGCCAAUGCAUGGUGCAAUGCACGUACAGGUGUGGCGUGAUAUUAUGAAACAGUGAUAUCGUGAGACCAACGCUUCUCGCCGGGAUUGGGCAAGCAAAGGGUUGCUCGUAGGAGGCCCGCUACUUAUUGGUAGCUCCGGGUUUGGCGCAUGCCGCCCGAGCUGGUUGGCCGGUUGGUUGUGAUUUUGGAUCCAGAACAUGUGCAGCGUCGGCACUCCAUCUUACGUCUAUGAGGCCAAAAUAUGUCGACGACAAGCGGCUCGACGCGAGAAUGUAUGGAAUGUCGUGACUGAGUUGGCGGCGUGGCAUGGCGGGCGACGGCACGGGGGAUGCAGGGUACUGCGGUGCCUCGGCACUAGCGUGCCAAGAACGCAAGCGAACUUGUCAUGUCGCCAGUUCACAUCCCUUGCUCAGUUGCUCUAUCCGGGGCUCAGCCCACUUUCCAGCUGUUACAAAGCGGACGCCCUUUGUCAACGACGUGUUUUGGGGGUUCAAAGAAGUGCCAUGUUUUGGACGGUGUGCAAUGUUUUGGACGGUGGCCUGGUCACCAGUGCCUCCCGGUUGGCCUAGGGAAAGCAUUUCCCGCGGGCGGGGUGGUUUGGGGGGCCUGCAGCGCGCCUUCUGAGUUCUGAAGGUUGUACAGGAUGGAUUAGCUACAAGAUGGCAGGGGUCGCGGUCGCUGCUUCUUUGUUGCAGAGGCUGGGGCGGGGUCGCGCAAGAUGGGGCAGAGGGAUGCAGGCGCUCUGGAUUUCGCGACGACCCCGGGCACAGGAUUUCGCCCGGCGAAAUCCCACUGUCUUC